CGCGGCGGCGGUGAGAUGCUCUCACACGCUGCCAUUUGUGAGCCCACUUCAAUGGCCGCGGGGUGCCGACUAAUCUCUGGGACGGAAAACUUUUCACGGUUGGGCCAAACUAAGUCCAGCAGCUCUUUUUUUUUUUAUCCCAACACAGUUGCGAGCUAACCCGUGUCCUAAAAUCUUCAAACUUGACGAGGCUGAUCGUGUAUACUCAGGGACGUUUGAUAGCUAACGUUCCUGUAUGAGAGCUUUCUAGGUGCCGUCUAAUACAUGGGUGAUUGGGUGAUACGCUUCAUUAUUAGUCUGUUGUUUACAGUAGUCGGAUUUUAAGUUGCUGUGCUCACUUGUUUUUCGCACUAAAGUUAACCAGGACUACAUAUUCCAGUAUGUAGCCCGAUGUGAAACACUUAACCUUCACAGGAAACAGUGAUCGGACUCGGUUAUUUGCUGGAGGACAAACCAAAAACAGAGGCUCUAAGAGCUUUCAAUGAGCAUCGAUCACUUCUCAGCUGCAGAUUUAAACCAAACAAUCAUAAAGUGAAUGACGUCAUAACCAGAUAAUACACGCUCACACUCAAACAGAGGCUGCUUGAUGUGUUUGCGUUCGAGCUGCACGUAUGGGUCAAUUAAUCGAUUAAAGUAAACAUGUGUGUAAAUAUUUGGUUCUAUUAUAGUUAUAUGUACAUAAUUAGUUUUUUGAACCAGCAGUUUUUUGCGCAUGAUGGCACUGAUGGCUGAGGUUUGCUGGAUCGAGUAAUCGGGCCGAUUUUUGUAAUUUAUUAAAUUGACCAAUUUCUUAUGUAUACCUAUUUAAAUUUACAAAGAUACUUGAUCGAUUCUGUGAAAAUGCUUUUAAAGUUAAUCCCAAAGAUGAUUUCUGUUUAUCUGUAGCAUAUAUUUGUGUAGUUAAUAAAUCAUUUUUAGAUCAGAGAGUUGCACCAUAUUGGUUGAUCUAUGUUCUAGAUUAUUGAUCAGACGCAUAGAAAUGUAAUGUGUCAGUGUAAAGGUUUUGGGGUGCCUUAAAUGCCAAAUGUGAAUUCUUUUACAAGACUAAUUCAAUAGAUUUUCGUUUUUACUUACUUAUAGGACUGCAACUGACCACUGAUCUGUUGAUUAUUUGAUUAAUAGAGUACUUGUUUGGUCCAUAAAAUGCCGGUGUUUCUCUAGCCUUUUGAAAGAAUGUCUUGUUUUGUCUACAAACCAAAAUGAUUCUGUUUGUAUGUUAAAUAAUAGUCCAAUUGAUUAUCAGUCAGUCGACGAUUGAGUUAGUAAUCGAUUAAUAAUUGACUAAUCGUUGCAGCCCUACUUGUUACUGCCCUUGUUUUAUUAAAUGAACCCCAUUGAGUGUGUAUUUCAGGAUUGGUGGCUGUGGAUAAGCACUUUUUCUUCCUGCUCUGUGGUUUUCACUUGGUCCUCAUACUUUACGCUCCCUAAAAACACAGCAGUUAUUUGAAGGUUCCUGUGUCAGGGCACCGAUAUUCCUCAGGUGACGCUAUUCAACCCGGGUGUUGUUGUGAUCGUGGCAGAGUAGAGACAACAGUACAGGGCUUGAUUACAGAUGGUAGCAGCUGGUGGUGGGAUGGUGGCUUUGAUGCAUUCAGUUCUGUCAAAAUGGCCCGAAAAAAUGGCAACAGCUGUAAAACCAGCAAUGAGGAGAGUUCCAGGUUUGGCUUUUACGUCCAUGUGUGAAGGGCAAAUUCUUUUGUGAUCAGAUGAAGGAGUUCUACCUAAUUAUUGACCUACUAUGUGAUGGAAAAAGUACAAACAGUUAGAGGAUCAGUUCUGACAACAGCUGUCCAGUCUUUGGGAAUCAAUUAUGUGGUUACUUUCAAAUCAUUGUGUGGCCUCAUGUAAUAUGUUCACCUACAUAAAUAGAUUUUGUCAAUGAGUUUAAAUUGUACGACAUGUGUUUGUAAAGCUCUAGAAUGUUGUGAAUAAACCUGGUGAAAUAGACUUUUUUCACCAGAUUGGCAGAUUUUAAUUUGACAUGAAAUAGUGGAACAGUUCCACUCCAAGUUUAAGAGAGUCAGAAUACUUAUUACACUAAAUACUUGACAAUUAUACCCAAUUUAGUUUGGGAAUUUUUGGAAAUAUUUCCAUGGGAAUUCUGGCAACCCCUAGUCCUCAUAUUGAAAGUGUGGGAAACACAGCCUUGUAGAAGCAGUUAUUGUUUGUUUGUUUGUUUGUUUUCAUUUUUGUUAAUUUGCUAUUUUAAUACUGCACACUUGUUUUCUGAAUUUUCUGGAUGUGUUCCAGUAAUGGAUGCAUGAUAUUUUUUGGCACAAUAACAGUAACAACUGUUAUAUUUUGCACAGUAAAGCAAAUUAAUAUCUUCAUCUGCUGCAGUAUGGGAAAGUGUUGAUUUCACCACAGGGGAGAAUAAAUUAACUGCAUUUGGUCGCAGGGAAAAAUGUAUAUUUAUCGAUAUUGGUUAUCAGCCUAAGCAACCCUGAUAUAACGUCAAAAAUUCCAAUAUUUCUAUUCUGGAAAUAAGGAUACUGUAUAGAUACUGUUGCACAGUGCAUUGAUGGUCCAGCUAGUUCAGACCGGCACGCACCUGGUUCCGAACGUGCACCACUGACGACUGCGUGACAUAGUCGUCGGAUCUAGAAUUUGCUGUCUGACCUAUUUUCUGUGUCGGUGUCGACAUUAUGUCAGGUCGAUAAAUGUGCUGUACCUGGAGCUGAGGGUGAAGGCUAGCUGAGCGGAGCAGUGGACAAAAUCAGGGUCCGGACAGGUUUUCCAGGUAGAGAGAGCGGGCUGAGCGUGCAGACAUGUCGGGACGCUCUGCUGCAGAGAUGGAUGACUCGCAGGAGCUGCCUGAGCUGCCGGCAAAGAAAGUCAAGCGUGAGCUCGACGGUGCACUGGAGAAAGAACCGAGUAAUCUAGGUGGUGACGGGAGUCCAGCGGCCUCGUACUCUGCCCUGUCUACGGCCUCCCUCGAUCCAGGUGAUCAGGAACAGUCGGACCUGGAGCGAGGGGCAACAUCUCAAGAAUGUGCUGACUCACUGAACCCGUACGCUCAUUCUGCCACAGACUCGACGGCGACACCUGAAUACACCCAACAGGUUUAUCAAGGAAGCAAUCCAUCAGUGACGUCAUAUACCAGUCAGGUGGCCUUUCCUUCUCUGGCCCAGUCCAGCGUGUACUCGACCUUCCCUCAGACGGGACAGACCUACGGCCUCCCGCCCUUCGGUGCUAUGUGGCCAGGCAUUAAAACAGAGACAGGGCUGCCUGAGGCGCCCUCUGGUGGCCAGCCUGGGUUUCUCAGCUUCAGCACCACAUAUACCUCAACCCAGCCAGGCCAGCUGCACUACUCAUACCCCAGCCAAGGCUCAAGUUUUACGACAUCAAGCGUGUAUUCAAACAUCCCCACAGCUACAGCCACCACCACGGCCUCCACCACUGUCGGCCAUCAGGAUUUUAGUAGCUACAACUCUCUGGGUCAGAGUCAAUUCUCUCAGUACUACAGUUUGCCUCCCAGCUACGUCCCCGCUGGGCUGCCCAGCAGCGACGAGUCGGGCGCGGGUGUUGGCGUGGCCGGAUAUUCUGCGGUGAAGAUGGAGGAGGCGGCUUCAGCUGGACUUCCUCCCAGAGAUGCAUCCCCAACGGAAAACCUCCCAGUAGGAGCUGCUCUGCCUGUCAGUGUAGCGCCCCCUGCUGGUGCCAGAGAACAGGACGAAGUUGGACAUAGGAACUCUGUGGGUAAAUCCAAGGGCAAAGGCAAGAAGGCAGAAAACUCUCCACCAGCUGAAACUGACCUGGAGCGUGUUUUUCUGUGGGAUCUGGACGAGACUAUUAUCAUCUUCCAUUCACUGCUCACUGGCUCCUAUGCACAGAAAUUUGGCAAGGACCAGGCGACUGUGCUGAACAUGGGGCUGCAGAUGGAGGAGCUGAUCUUUGAACUGGCAGACACUCACCUCUUCUUCAAUGACCUGGAGGAAUGUGAUCAAGUCCAUAUUGAGGACGUGGCCUCUGAUGACAAUGGACAGGACUUGAGUAACUACAACUUCUUGACGGACGGCUUUAAUGGUCCCAGUGGUGGAGGAGGCGUGGAGUGGAUGCGUAAACUGGCCUUUCGCUACCGUCGCUUAAAAGAGAUCUACAAUAGCUACAAAGGAAAUGUCGCAAGUCUGUUGAGUCCCAUGAAGAGGGAGCUGCUCGUGCGGCUUCAGUCUGAGAUUGAGAGCGUUACAGACGCCUGGCUCAGCACAGCACUCAAGUCUCUGCUGUUAAUCCAGUCCAGGGGGAAGUGUAUGAACGUGCUGGUCACCACCACUCAGCUCGUUCCAGCGCUGGCCAAAGUUCUGCUGUACGGCCUGGGAGAAGUCUUCCCUGUGGAGAACAUCUACAGUGCAACCAAAAUAGGAAAGGAAAGUUGCUUUGAGAGAAUCGUCUCCCGCUUUGGGAAGAAAGUGACAUACGUGGUGAUCGGUGACGGUCGAGAUGAGGAGUUUGCAGCAAAACAGCACAACAUGCCGUUCUGGCGGAUUUCCACUCAUGGUGACCUCGUGUCUCUGCACCAAGCGCUGGAACUGGACUUCUUGUAAAGGGAGAAGGUGGCGUUGAGUGUCGCACACUAAAAAGGGGAAAAUGUAUUUGUCGUCAUUGUCGUCCCGUUGGCUCAUGGAGCAGCACUGAGUGACAAAAUCCUCUACAACCCAGACUCCUACAAUAACCUGGCUCGUUAAAUCCACCGGCCCUGCUCCCUCUGCGACGACGACCAAUGACUCCCUGUGUGACGGCAAACUAUAAAUACUGAGACGGACUCUGGGUCGGAGCUGACGGUGAGUAACAGACUGGCUGACUUCAGGUUCCUCACGUCCAGCGCUCCGUCCUGCGGCAGCUAAACCUGGCACUGACUUAGACACAGACGGGAAAACUCUCUUUUUUGUUUUUUCUCCUCCUCCUCAUCCUCUGUCUUUGUCCCACAUUUAUGAUUUCAAAAAAUAGAAUCUCCUUCAGUGAACAUCAUCCUUCUUUUUGUUUGUCCUUUCUGGACAACCACCAAACAACCAAAGGGCCUUUGUUCUGUUCUGUUUUUUUUGGAGUUGUUUAGUUUGUAAUAAUCAUAUCAAAACUUGAAGGCAUUUUUUUAUUUGUGACCUCAUGUAGCCACUCCCAUAUUUAUCAUCAUGUGUGAGAUGUUUAAAGAUGAGAAAGUAAGGUAGGUGGAUCCUCCUUCACUCCUGACCUCCACACUGUGUCUCAGCAGCCUGAGCACGUACAGUAAACACGUGACCUGCGGUCAGUGAAUCACAGGUUUAUAUGGAUGAGUUGCUGGAGGGGAAAAAAACGCACCACCGUUUUAUCAUCAUCCACCAUUUAUUUCAACACUUUUGCAUUAAAUGCGAGAAUUAUAUACAAUUGAAAUUGAAUGCUGGUGUGCUGUAUACACGCUUGGAAUUAAAGGUCCAGUGUGUAAAAUCUUUGGUCAAAUCUUUUUCAUUUGGUAGAAAUGAUUAAUAAUUAAUUGUACUUCAUUUUUGAGGCUCUACGGAGUCCACAAUGGACAAACUAAAGCUCUUUUGAGUUUUGAUGCUUACCGAUGGCUACACAAGUUCAACAACACACUUGGAAGAAAAGAGCGAGGUGAGGAAUAGUUAAAUACGUUAAACGCCACCAAUAACUUUUACACACUACCUGUAAAAACAUGGUUCAAAAUGGUGCCCUGAUAUAAAUAGAAAAACACAGAUACUGUGGUAACAAUCAGGUGGUUGUAAGCUUAUUAAACAAAUAUUAUUAUUUUAUCUUCAAAUGAAAGUAAUUUCUCCUAAAUCUUACACACUGUACCUUUUAAAUCCUAGGGCAUAAAAAUGAACCCAGAAUGAAAUGAAACCAGAAAUGUUAAAUUGUUACAUUUCAGUGUCAUUUACCACAAAUCAUUUUGUUUACAAAACUCAAAUUAUCGCAGUUUUUUUUCCCCCCGGUUAUUGUUUGUAUUUGUGUAACGGCUGCCGCAAAUUACCAGUGAAAUAUUUUUGUCAAAAGCUGUAGUAGUUAAACAAUGAUCAGUAAUUGGUUUUAAUGAAUGGACGUCAAAUACAUUUGUUGACUCGUAGAUUAAAAUGAGCUUAUUAAAACUUACAUUUACAGCUUUAAAUUUUCGCAAUUUGGCCGCGUGGCGACACAAACUUGCUGAGUCGUGUUAGAGGAGUUGUGUGUUUUUUUUGUUUAGUGUUUCUUUUUGACAGUGCAAUACAUUUUGACUCUUCUCAUUAACUGUAUUUCAAAGGGAUUUUUUUUUCAUUGUUGUCAUUGGACGGUGAAGGAAGGAAGGGGGGAAAGUGGGAGGAGUCAACCUUCCUGGGUCUGUAUGAGAUUGCGACUGAACAAUACUGAGCCUGAAGAUUUUUUUUUUCCUUUGUUUUUCGGUAUUUUACCUAUAAUAUGCAGCUUGACCGUUACGAAUGUGUAUUUCUGUUGUGUGUGCGUGUGUGUGACUGUUUGUAUUUAUAUCGUGCCUUUUAACUACCACGUGUACGCAUAAUCUCAAAGGGAAAAAAAACCUAAGAGUUUUUGUUGAAAACAUUUAUCACUGCGUUGUUAUAUUAUCCAAAGUGUUAUCUUCUCUUAACCCCCUUUUUUUGUUAUGUUAGACUUUUUUUUGAUUGAACUAUCUUGUCUGCACUGUAUUUAAAAAGGUCUCUGGAAAAAAAAAAAGAAAAGCUUUCUGUUGAUUUUUCUCUGCGUUUUUUCAAGAAUAGAUAAUCCCAAUUAUUAUUAUUUUUUACAUAUAUAAUUUCUUUAAAACAAAAAUCUCUGCUUUUUAUUUGUUGCUGUGAAAACGCUGCAUCGCUUAGAGACAAUCGUGAUCUGUAAUUAUACGUGGUAUCUUUUUUUUUUAAAUGCAGGUCAGGUGAUGUCAGAGGAAGGCGAGUUUUUUGGGACUGUGUAAACUCAAGUGACCUGUGGGCCACUGAGCAUCUAGUCUGGUCAGUAGGUCGUCUAUCAAGUGAAGAAAAAUGGAAUUUUUGGUAAUAACGGCGUAAAAUUGUAUCAUGAUAUCGCAAAAAACUAUGUUUGUGACAAUAUUUCCACAGAUUUUCCAAAAUAAUAGUGUUUUUGAUAUAGAAAUACAUUAAUGAUUCAAAAUUAAUCCAUAAGUAAAGUCAUCAAAGUCAGUGGUUCCCAAAGACUGGGUCGGGACCUACGGAUGGAUCGCAGAACAUUGUUGUUGGGGCCCCCCAACCUUUUAGUUGAAAUCUACAAGUAUACGUUUAAAAUGACAGGGAUGAAAUUAAGUUGUAAUUAAACGUCUAAUUGGAAAUUAUUCAUAGACCUUUCCGAAAUUUUAGAUGUUACACAUUAGUCGCUGCAUUGGGCUUUAAGUGGCUUGUUGCUCGUCAUGAUUUAUAUUGCGAUUUGGGUCACAUGGCAUCAUGCAGGCCGCGAGGUUGACACCUGAUGCUCUUUUUGUUAGGUUUUUUUUUUUUUAAAGCUGUCAUCGUCCAUUAGAAAAACAAACCACGCAAUAUUCACAGGGCGAAAAAUUCUUCAAACGUGUUUUCUUUUUUCUUUCUGAUGCCAAAUAACUUGUGUUAUUAAAGAAAAAAAAAUGCAAAGUGUUUCAUCUCAUCGUCAAGGGCCCAGUUAGGAUACGCUGAGUCUUGUUAGGAGCUGAGCUGUCAACUGAGCGUUAUCGUCAUAAUCUCUGCUUAUUUAACUCCAUGCGUCACUAUUUUCACAGUCAUGUUGUGAACCAAACACUCGGUUCAAUGUAAAUAAAUUUUAGAGUUUCAGACGCAA